CCAGAAAGUCCAAUAAAUUGUUAUAUUCCGAGAAAGAAGUAAAGAACAAGGUAUAAGCUGUCAAAUGUCAAAUCUCAGUUUCGGUCUCCGUAACUGAACACUGAACUGUCGCAAAAAAAUUUUCAACUAAGUAUAAUUUCAUCUUGAAAAUUGUAUUUAUGAAACCUUUCUGAGAAUGCAAAAAAUUCUAAUGUAAUCGUUCUGAAUUUUUGAAGUUGUGACGAUUAUUGAAGGAAACGUUUUCAACAUGACUGAAGGACAACUCUUAACUGAUGAUUUAGAAAUGCUCACAGCAUUAUAUGAUUUCGAGGCAACCUUAGCCAAGACUCUGAGUUUUACGGAAGGCGAUUUUUUUUAUCUUCAACAAAGUAACACUAAGCAAAGAAAUUGGUGGCAUGUUGUUAAUAGGAAAGGUCAAGUGGGCUUUGUGCCUUCAAACUACGUAACUUCAGUCAAGGUCGAGCCAGAUUAUUUUCUUUCAUUCUUGAAUGACUGCAUAAAGAGUUUAAAUGAAACCAAUGCUAUGACACCUCAGAAGCAAGAGACUUUGACUAAACUGUAUGAAAAGAAGAAGCAACUGCAAGCUCUUGUGAAGCCCAGUAAAAAGCAAGCUGCUCCAAAACCUCCUCCCCGGCUAGAUGACAACACACCUCCAAAUGGUGUAUCACCAUCAUUUGAUCUGCGUCCUGUUGUGUCACAACAGCAUAUUUCUGAAGAAAAAUCAUGCUCAUCGCCAUCUAAAUCAUUGAACAGCAAUACAUAUAAAGAUAAUGAUGAAGAUAAGAAGGGCUAUUCCAAAUCUGCUUCUAAUCAGUUGUCGUCGGACACAGAAAACCAGGAUGACAGUCAAGACAGCAGUGAAAGCAUUAAGCCAAAUGCUAUUUAUGAAAUUGUUCAAGCUGUGAGAAAAGAAACUCAAUUAAGCCAUGAAAUGUCCAAAGUUGCUGUGGAAACUGUUCUGAUCUCCUUAAGGGAAUUUCUCCCCGGCGGUGCUGCAAGGUCUAUAAUAGAUGCGCUGCUACGAGAAGCAAACAGCAAUAUAACAUGUCCAAAGAAUGCUAUCGAUGCUGCACCAGAUGCGCUACGAAUGAUGACAGCACUGAAUGCACUAUCGAAGGCAGCGAAUGAUGCACAGCAACGAGGCUGGGCUUUACAUGACGAUGCCCAUGAUAUACAGACACAGUUAUUGGAACUUAUCUCAGUCAUGUCGAAUGCUGACGUCAAUAUAUCCCAGCAUGUGCUGAGUAGCCAUCGUUAUGCAUAUGUGACAACCCUUGUGCAGUACUACCAAAUGGAAACACGUUGGCCGCUUAGACAGCUGCUGUUGCAAGCAUUUGGUGUAAUGUGCGGUUUGGAACGCACAGCGCUGGCAACCCUGGCCUUAUCAGCUCUGCCAGCGGAAAUAGCUCGUGACAUGCGUGACAACCCUCGAGCUGUCAGCCGUCUGUCGCACUCAGCGCUACUGCUGUCUAUGGUGUUGUCUAUGGGGGACAAACUUCCUAUCACGCACUUCGAACAAUUAGGAGUCGACUUUGCACAAUUUCUGCUAGAGCUUAUAGAAAAUCCUCCGGAGACAGACGUUGAUGAACAAAUACCCGAUUUAUUCCUAACAUUACUCCUAGCAUACAAUCUUCAAUUCGAGAGUCCUUUCGAAAAUCUUCUGCUAAACGCUUUAGAGGUGAUGAAUAACGCUAAAACAUUUUGUGAAAAAGUUCUGCUGUUGCUCAAUCGAGAGGAAGAUCCGGUCCACAUAUUCGAUCACGAACCAGCCCCAGCCCACUCCGUGCUAAAGUUGGUUAUCGAUUUGUUCAGUCGCAAGAAGACUGCCGAACACUUCUACACCAACGACGUUAAAGUUGCCAUCGAUAUAGUCGUUAGGCAACUAGCAGAUCUGUCGCCCGGCGAUUUGCGUCGUCAGCAAUACCUGAAGAUACUCCAAGGUAUAAUCCGCAAUACAGACUACGGAGCGCAUUUACACCGAAGAGAUGAUCUCCUUCGAUGCUUUGCGAGAAUAUUCUGCGAAGAAGGUGAUAUAAGCCGAGACGAUCAGACACUAGUAAGAGCCAUAUCUAACGAAUUCCCACAGUACUUUAAAGCCUAGAUAUGAAUAUAGAAAUUAUUAUAUGAAUACAAAUCGAACCUGUGACCCAUUAGCUCACCACCGGUCUGGCCACUGAGCCGUGACGUCACAACGUUGCAUGUCCCUACUCGCUUUUUCUGGUCAUUAAUUAUUAUGUAGUUAAACGAUUGACAUUUUAAAUUAUUAUGUAUUUGAUGUUAAAUAAUUAAAUAAAAUGGUAGCUUAUAUCUUUACAAAUUUUGUGAUUAUGCUGAUGUGUAGAUUAUAUUCCGAUUUAAAUAUUUUUAAACGUUUGAAAUGUUACAUUUCUGAAUACAAUUGUUUGUAUGUAGUGAUGUGUGUGAUUAAGAUACAGAGAAUUAUUUUAAUGUUAAAAUAAUUCAUAUUUUGUGGAUCCUAUAUGAAGGCGUCUGUGGGUAAUUUAGAAAUCGGCUGUGGGCUGUUAUCGCCUAAUUUAUUAGUGUCUUAUAUAUCCUAGUUCAUGAGGAAAAAAAUGCUAUUUACUAAGAUAUAUUGUAUUGUUGCACACUAAAAGCAUUUAUUGAUUGUGAAUUGUUAAUAAUAUUAUUUUAUUUUUGUCUGUGUGUUGUCAGAUGUUGCUCUCUGCGUUUAAUAAUAUAUUUAUCUGUGUGUGAAGAAAAUGUAUUUAAAAAUAGACAUUCCAUAGUUAUUCCAAUGUUUUGAAGUACUGAAAUAUCACGUAGAAUGCUUCCCUGUGACAAUUUUUCUUAUUAACUCCAUUUGACGGUAAGAUUAUUGUCAAUACUUAAAUUUCUGUAGGAGCUAAAAUAAUUUUAACUUAAUCUCAAGCUUGCAUGUCUCGAAUGUUUUUGUUACAUGAUACUAGAUUUAUAACAAUCUAAUUCUCAGCUCUUUGUAUUUAAGAAUAGAUUAUAGUUAAAAAUUUAUAAUGUCAUCAGUGUUUGUCAGAUACAUUUUUCCAGAUUUGGUACUUCAUGCCUCUUUCACACAUUCCCAUGACUUUAAACGCCUUUAUUUUCUCGGCAUUAGUUAUAAUUACACUAUAUACAAAACAGUAUUAUAUUUCAAUAUAAAGCUUUAUUUGAAUUCUGGUAAUUAUGUAUUUUUGGCAUUUUUUAUUAUAAUUCCAACGCUAUUUGAGACAUUUCAUUAUAUUUGUUUGUUAAACAAAUAUUUUAUAGUGUUAGUGAUGCCAUAGAGUAUUUAAAUCUUUGAAAAAAAUACUCGUAUAUAAAUUAAAAAUAUUAGUUUUAAUGUAUCUGUACUUAUAUUGCAUGUUGCACCAAAGAUUACUUAAUGGCACUACAAUGUUGCUGUCAAUUAACAUUAUAGUUGCAUUUCAUGUGGCCUAGUAAUAUGAUAUAUUUAGUUUUAGAAUAUAAUUGUUUAAAUGUUACUUAAUUAUGUAACCUGUCGGAAAUUAUCAGAAUUAUACGCGACUAUAAAGCAAGUGGAUGGCAUGAAAUUAAUUCAGCCAGUUCCAUUAACAGCGCCAUCUAUGGAACAUGUAUUGUAUAAAAGAAACUAAUUUGAAUUAUUAACUGUUAGUUGAAAUUCAUUGGAACGUAACAUAGAGAUUAUAUUUUAAGAAUAAAAUGUUCGAAUCUAAGAAGAUCUAAGAAGAAAUAUUUUAAAUUUUCUAUAUAAAUUAUAAUCAGAUUCCUAAAACAUAGUUACCGACCAAUAUAGCAGGGUUUAUAGACACAUAGUAUUUUUUUUUAACCGGAUUAGAGUUCAGAUUGUAAUAAAAUUAUUCGAGUAUAUAAAAAAUAUGAUAAAAUGAUAUUCUUUUAUUAUAUUAAGUUUUAAAUUAUACGAACGGUCCAUACACCGUGUAAUUAAUUACACAUCUUGUUAUUACAAUCUAUCUUGUUAACAAGAUGUUUUUUAAGUUAAUCUGAAGUAUUAUUUUCAUCGCCAAUGCUUAAACAAAUGCUUCUCGAAACAUCUAUUUAAAGUCACCCAAAUACUGUCUGCCUUUCAAAUACGGAAAUCGAAGCCGUCUUGUACGAGAAAAUGCUCUGGAUAUCUCACGCUCAAGAUUUGCCAAAUUUUUUUAGGGUAGUUUAAUGUUAAUAUUUAAAAAGCAUUGUGUGAAUUUCUUUUAAAUGUUCGAACGCAACCGUCUACCGCAUCUUGUGAAGCGAAUUACUCUUACAUGUAUAUUAAGCGAGCGCUUGUGAUUUUAAAAUCUUAUUAUAAAUCUAGUGAGUGUUUUAUUUACUAUGAAAUAGCAAAUUUAAAUGUAAUAUUUUGUGACGUAGCUGUAACUAAAGUUGUUUUGUCGGAGACCCGUUAGAUGUGAGACAAACGUCAAAAUUAUUCAAUGUAUAAAGAAUACCUAUAUCUUUAUAAUUAAAUUCAAAAUGUUACGAAAUUAAAUGAUUGCUGUCAAAAUGUA